UCCAUUCUACUUUUACCUGUUUUUCCCUGGUUUUUUGAGUUCGAAGAGAAGCAAAACAGAGAGCGAGAAAAAAAGAAAAAAAGAAAAAAAGAAAAAGAAAAAAUCAAAAGCUUCUUCAAGAAGGAAACCCUAAUCCUAACGCUAGAUUUCAUAUCUUUUUUAGGAAAAUAAUGUCGGAGCCUGUUGAAGGUACUGGUUCUGAGUCUUUGAUGGAGAAGAUCAAUGAGAAGAUUCAUCACUAUGAUGUCUCAUCUUCUUCUUCAUCAGAUUCUGAUAACGAGAAACCAUCAAUAACGAAUCGCUUGUUCGGCAGGCAGCAACCGGUGCAUGCAGUCCUUGGAGGCGGGAAAUCUGCUGAUAUUAUACUGUGGAGAAACAAGCAGAUAUCAGCUGGCAUACUAAUCAGUGCGACUACUAUUUGGCUUCUCUUUGAAUGGCUUGGCUAUCACUUGCUGACUUUUGUUUGCCAUGCUCUGAUGCUUUCUUUGGGGAUAUUGUUCUGCUGGUCCGGGGCCUCUAGCGCCAUAAAUAAGGCUCCUCCAAAAUUUCCCGAGGUUGUCUUACCUGAAGACCUGUUUGUGAGCAUUGCACUGUCAUUAAGAUUUGAAAUUAACCGAGCUUUUGCAACUUUUCGCAAUGUGGCUGCUGGAAGGGACUUGAAGAAACUUCUUAUGGUGGUGACAGGCUUGUGGAUUCUCUCUGUAGUCGGCAGCUGGUUCACAUUCUUGACCCUCUUCUAUUUAGUGUUUGUGAUUCUGCACACGGUACCAGUCCUCUAUGAGAAGCAUGAGGACCUCGUCGAUACCUUUGCUAAGAAGGCGAUGGUUGAAAUCAACAAGCAGUAUGCAGUGUUGGACGCCAAGGUGCUCCGGAAGCUCCCAAUGGGGCCAUUCAAGGUCAAGAAGCAGCAUUGAGAGAUGCAACCAAAAGAUUAAAAAAGUAGAAUAGGUACUCGUUUUCAAAGAUUUCACUAGCUGG